ACAACAACAACAACAACAACAACAACAGCAACAGCAAAUAAAUAACUUCAUAAUCGGCACAACAAGCGAUUACAACAAAAUGGUGGUUCUGGAAACCGCUAGCGCUUUACUGGGCGGCCCCUACGCCCAGGGCGCCCCUGCCCUGAAAAUGGUGCAAAAACGGUAUAUUGGAUUACACCAGUGGCUGGGACCCAUACGCAAAGAGCUAAAGGAGCAUAUUGUAGGUGACAAUGUAAGUGACGACGUGCUUUCGCUUGCUUUGAGUCAGAAUCAACAACUCUUUCGUUCACAGAAUCAGGGCUUUGUGGCUGCGGUCGCUGCCACGUCGGCGGCAAGUGCAGCGGCCGCGGCCGGUGCCGCACCACCAGGUGCACCCAAUGGCACAAUGCAGGCGUCGCAACAGCAGCAACAGCAGCAGCAGCAGCAACAGAUGCAAAUGGCGGCCGUGUCGCAACAGUUUUUGGCCGCACAACAGGCACAACAGAAUGCAGCAUAUGCGGCACAGCAGGCAGCGCCGUAUGUCAUGAAUCCCGGACAAGAGGCGGCGCCGUAUCUGAACAUGAUUGCUGCCACUCAAAUGCCGCAGUAUUACGGCGUUGCGCCCUGGGGCGUCUACCCGGGCAAUCUGAUACCCCAGCAGGGCACACAGCCCCGACGCCCACUGACGCCCUCGCAGCAGGGCGCCGAGAAUCAGCCGUAUCAGGUCAUACCGGCCUUCUUCGAUCAGAGUGGCUCGCUCGUGAUGGGACCACGCACCGGCACGCCCAUGCGUCUGGUUAGCCCCGCCCCCGUGUUGGCGGUGCCACCGGGCGCAGCACGCGCCGGUCCGCCGCCGCCACAGGGUCCACAACUGUAUCCACCACAGCCGCAGACGGCCCAACAGAAUCUCUACUCACAGCAGAACGGUUCCAGCGUUGGAGGCCUGGCAUUAAACACAAACUCAUUGACCGGUCGUCGCGACUCCUUCGAUCGCACCACAUCCGCCUUCAGUCCCUCGGCCAUGGACUAUACUACAAGCAGCGUUGCUGCCAAUGCGGUCAACAAUAGUGUGGCCCAGGCGGCUGCUGUGGCAGCUGCUGCGGCACGCGCCAAAUGGCCCGGGGCCAUGUCGAAUGCCAGCGCUUAUGGAGCGCUCGGAUCCGCUGGCGUGAAUGCGUCGGCCAGUCCGUUGGGCGCACCACUGACACCGCCGCCGACGGCUCAGUCGUGCCUGAUGGGCGGCAAUCGGGCGCCCGGUGCCGAGUCCCGUCAGCGUCAGCAGCUGGCUGUGGGCCUGCCGGCAACAGCAGCAGCCGCACAGGCGGCCGUUGCCGCGGCGGCCAACAAUAUGUUUGGCUCGAACAGUUCGCUCUUCUCGAGCCAUCUGGCCAUGCCGGGCACCACACCAGCAGCAGUUGCCGCUGCGGUCGCGAAUUCGCGACAAGUGGCAGCUGCUGCCGCUGUGGCGGCUGCUGCUGCUGGUGCGGCCGGAGCACCGCAGCCGGGCAGAUCGCGACUGCUGGAGGACUUUAGGAAUCAACGUUUUCCGAACUUGCAGCUGCGCGAUCUGACCAAUCACAUUGUGGAGUUCUCGCAGGAUCAGCACGGUUCGCGGUUCAUUCAACAGAAACUGGAACGGGCCACAGCCGCUGAGAAGCAGAUGGUCUUCAAUGAGAUUCUGGGCGCCGCCUACAGCCUGAUGACGGAUGUCUUUGGCAACUAUGUCAUUCAGAAGUUCUUCGAGUUCGGAACUCCGGAGCAGAAGAACAAUCUGGGCAUGCAGGUCAAGGGUCAUGUGCUGCAGCUGGCGCUCCAGAUGUACGGCUGUCGCGUGAUCCAGAAAGCACUCGAGAGCAUCUCUCCCGAUCAGCAGCAAGAGAUCGUUCACGAGCUGGACGGACAUGUCCUGAAAUGUGUUAAGGACCAAAAUGGCAAUCAUGUCGUGCAAAAGUGCAUUGAAUGCGUCGAUCCCGUUGCCCUGCAAUUUGUCAUCAAUGCAUUCAAGGGUCAGGUAUACUCAUUGAGCACACAUCCCUACGGUUGUCGGGUUAUCCAACGUAUUCUCGAGCAUUGCACAGCCGAGCAGACGACACCCAUUCUGGAUGAACUGCACGAGCACACCGAGAACUUGAUCCAGGAUCAAUAUGGCAACUAUGUCAUACAACAUGUUCUAGAGCAUGGCAAACAGGAGGACAAAUCCAUACUGAUCAACAGCGUGCGGGGCAAGGUGCUGGUGCUAUCGCAGCACAAGUUCGCCUCGAAUGUGGUUGAGAAGUGUGUGACACAUGCCACACGGGGCGAGCGCACUGGCCUCAUCGAUGAGGUCUGCACAUUCAAUGACAAUGCCUUGCACGUGAUGAUGAAAGAUCAGUAUGCCAACUACGUGGUACAGAAGAUGAUUGACGUUUCGGAACCUACGCAGCUGAAGAAGCUGAUGACCAAGAUACGACCCCACAUGGCCGCCUUGCGCAAAUACACCUACGGCAAGCAUAUCAAUGCCAAGCUGGAGAAAUACUACAUGAAGAUAACCAAUCCCAUUACUGCCGCCACGGCCAGCGUUGGUGGAGCAUCCAGCAGUGCCAGCACAGCAACAACAACGCCGGCUACCGCCAGCAGUGCUGUCUCCGGUGCCGGUGCCGGUGCCGGUGGAACAUCCCCCUCAACGUCCUCGGUAGUGGCCAGCGCCAGUGGUGCGACCACAACCACCAACAGCAUUGCAUCGCCCACCCUCUGUGCCGUGCAGGAGAAUGGCAAUGGCCUGAUGGCCGAACCAACAUCGCCGGCCACCUCGGAGUCAUCUGUCUCGGCGGUCAGCGGCCUGGGCCCCAUCGGACCACCCACAACAACAGCCAAUGGAGUGCUGUAAAUUUGAAAAAAUGCAACACGUUAUCGAAUUCUAGUUUUUAGUGUCGGGAUGAAGAAGAAGGAGGAGGACGAGGAGUAGGAGGAGAGCAUAAGAAAAAGCAAAGCGAAUGCAUACUAUAAAUACUAUACAAAAUAUACAUAUACAUAUAUAUAUAUAUAUAAUACGGAUAACAAAUGUAAUGUAAUUUAUUUAUAAACACGCAGAAGGACAAAACUGCAGACAAAAACACCACACACACAGAAUACAAAGAUUAAAACUCAUCCUCAAAUCUCGAGAUUGAGAGUUUGGCUCCAAAUUUGUGAGCAAUCGAAAACUUGUAUAUUCAAUUGUAAUAAACUAUGAAUGUUAAACGCUUUUGUAAAGUGCGUAAUACUAAUACACACACACAAACAAACAAACAAACAAACGGAAAAACACACAGAUGAGUUUCAAAUAAACUCGUUGAAUGCGAAAAAUUACGAAAAAUUACGCAUAUUUUUGCGUGUUCAAUUUUUUUUUGUUUGUUUUCGUUGCUGAAAAUUGUCAAAUCGAUGUGUGAAAAACAAAAGCGACAUGGCUCAAAAAGCUGUCGAAAUAAACAAAAUAAAAUCAAAUAAUCGAGCAGAAAUUGAUAAAAUGUCUACGUACAUUUUUGUUGUUGUAAUAACUUUGUAUAAAAAAAAAGAUAUGAGCGAAAAACUCAAGAAAUACCAAUUUGUAAAUGUUUAAGUACGUGAAUCGACUGUAUAUUUGAUUAUUAAACAAGAGCGCGUGACGUUCAGUUGCGAAACAAACAGUAGACAGAGGAUCGAGAGAAAGAGCGAAGGAUAAUGAAAUAAUGAAGAAGAUGAAGAUCAUGAUUAUUAGCAUAGAAUUUAACUGCAACCAUUUCAAAUAUAUAAAUAUAUAAAAUAUAAAUACAAUAAAUAUAAUGAACAACUUAAUUGUAGAAUGUAGGCUAAAGAGCAAAUUUAAUAUGUGUAAAGAACUUCAUUAUAUAGAGCCAGCAGCCGAGAGCACUCGAAAACACACACACACACACAAAUACACAAAACACACACCAACACACACAAAACACACACACAAUCAAGAACUCUUUAGCGUUGCGUUUUGCAACAAUUUCACGUCGCUUUUGCGCUAUGUAAAAUUUUGUACAAAAAGAAAAAAAAAACAACAAAAAAAAAACAAAAAACAAACAAACAACCAACUCAAAAGAAAACCACGAAACUAAAACCAUGUAAAACAACGUAAUAAUUAUUUAUUUUGUUUGUCAAUUUGUUCACUUGUAAAUUUAAA